UCCAUCAUUUCCGCUGCCGUUGCUGCGACACCGGACGUCAACAGUAAUGUCUGACAAGGAGAAGCGGCGCUCCACGGCUCUUCCUUCGGGGAUGCCCACGGGCAAAUCCGUCAAAUCGGACGGAGACCACGACUUUCUGGCGCAGGCCGGCGUGGGAGACCUGCUUCUCGGUGCCAUCCUGAAGAUGGUCGAGGCCAGAUCGGACGAUCCCAUCGGGUUCCUGGCCGACCACUUCUGCAACCUGGCCUCGGUAACAGACAGCGGCUCAGCAGCUGGAUGCGGCGAGGAAGACCCGCAAAACAGCGGCUCGGCCAGCGCAGGCGCACAGGAGCAGCAGCGGCUCAACCGGGCGCUCUGGCACCUGAGGCUGGCACAUCACUCUCAGAGACAUGAAUAUGUAAACGAGCCAUUGGGCGCUGGGGAGGAUCAAGGUGUUGCCGCCAUAUUAGAUGGGUCUCCUCACUUUCCAAACCAAACUGGAGUCAAUGCAGGAUCAGCUUUCAGCAAUAACGUCCGUGUGGCCUAUGACCUUCUAAACCUCACUGGCUGUAAAAAACAAGUAGACGAGGCUCCUGAGGGCUCGGAUGGCUCCUCCACGGACAGUUCCACUAGUGCAGGAGGAGGAGGAGGAGUAAGAGGAGGACUCUACACACAGACUUUACAGUGUCUCUGCAGUGAGGGUGGAGUCCCAGCCUCAACCUUCGCUCCACUCCUCCGGAGGCUCUGCUGCCACGACCAUGAGGCCGUCCCCUGCGAUGUCUUCCGCUACGGCGUGCUCACCUGUGCUGUUUUCUCAGACUACAUCAGACAGGCUCAGAGGCUUUACGCUGAGGUGUGCUGCCCAGCUGAGGGGCCUGCCUCUCGGAGGCUGUGCCUGAACGUGCUGGGGACCUUAAAGGAAGCCUUGGAAACCUCACAGGGCUGCGACACUUACUACUGUGUUAAUGCUAACACUAAAGCUAAUACAUCUCUGGAGGCUAAUUUGAAAGCGAUCCGCUAUUUGCAGGCCAGUGCCAAGAUCUCCCCUCUCAGGCUGGCCCAGACUAUGGCUGGAGCACAGACGCUGGGGCCCGGUGGCGACAUGGACGCAAAGGAAUUUGAAGACGCAGCUGCAGAGCUGUUCAUCGCUCGAGUCAAAUUUGUAUCUUAACUUAGUUCUUAAAUAAAUAACAAGCCACACUGUGUAGUAGUUUAUGAAGUUACCUGUUACAGACCGCUUCCACAACAAGCAAAUAAAACAAACAUUGAUCCAGA